CAGGAAAAAUGCAUGCAUCGUCCCCGUUCUUUGCAUUUCCUGAAUUUAAGCACUCGCAAACUCUUCAAAUAAUCUGUUCUUUCGGGUUUUGGAGAGUGAAAUCGCAAGCAACGAUCAAACAGAAUGGUAGGAGUGAAAUCGAGAAGGGAAGAUCUGAGACCCAUUGUGACGAAGAGUAUUAAGAAAAAAAUCACAGAAGAUGAAGUGGAAGACGAGAGGGUGGGAGAAGGAAAUGAACAACCAUUGAGUCCUGCUUCACGUCUGUUUCAUGAGCCUCAUUUCAACUGCUACAUCUUAGCCAUCAUGGGUUGCACCAAGCGUGUCGACCCUGAUAUCGUCAAAGCUGGACUAGAGACUACUCUGCUUAGACACCCUACUUUUUCCAGUAUUCAGGUCGUCAGCGACGGCAAAACAGGGGAAAUGAGUUGGAUCCGAGUGAAGGUGGACUUGGAGAAGCACGUAAUCGUCCCGGAAAUCGAACAGGGCAUGGACUCACAUGAGCAAUUCGUCGAACAUUACAUCUCCAAUCUGAGUAGAACCACCAUCGACACGUCCAGACCUCUAUGGGAUCUACACAUUCUCAACGUCAAAACCUCAGAAGCAGAGUCAGUAUCUAUUUUCAGGAUUCAUCACUCCCUUGGCGAUGGCACGUCUCUCAUGUCACUCCUCCUCGCCUGCACCCGCAGAACCGAUGAUCCGGAGGCGUUACCGACGGUUCCUACACAGAAAAAAAGGGUUGUCCAGACCAGAACCGGCGGAUUCUCCCGGCCGUUCUUGGCAUUAUGGGAACUUUUUCUGCUAAUUUGGAAUACGAUGGUGGAUGUUCUCAUGUUCAUCGCCACAUUGAUGUUUUUGAAGGACACAGAAACGCCUCUGAAAGGACCUCCUGGUGUUGAGUUCACUCCUAAGCGCUUCGUCCACCGGACUGUUAGUCUUGAUGACAUAAAGUUCAUCAAGAAUUCCUUAAACAUGACAAUAAAUGAUGUUGCACUGGGGAUAACACAAGCUGGUCUUUCUCGUUAUCUUAAUAGGAGAUAUUGUGAGGAGAAGUUGGACAAGGGAGCAACGGAGAAAAAAAACAAUCUCCCCAAAAAAAUUCGUUUGAGAGCAGCUCUUCUUGUUAACAUUAGGCCUUCACCAGGGAUACAGGCUUUAGCUGACAUGAUGGAGAAAGACAAAACUGAUGCUAAGUGGGGUAAUUGCUAUGGCUAUGUUCUUCUCCCCUUCAGAAUUGCCUUGAGAAAUGACCCAUUGGAUUAUGUCCGCGAAGCAAAGGCCACAAUUGAUCGCAAGAAACAUUCAUAUGAAGCUAUCUACUCAUACUCUGGUUCUGACUUGACUGUCAAAUUAUUUGGCUUUAAGGUAGCGAGCGCCUUAUGCUACAAAGUUAUGUCACGCACUACGAUGUCAUUCACGAACCUCGUAGGCCCAGUUGAAGAGAUCUGUUUUUAUGGCCAUCCACUGGCUUUCCUUGCCCCUAGUGUUUAUGGGCACCCACAUGCCUUAACAAUUAAUUACCAAAGCUAUAUGAACAAGAUGACCUUUGUUCUAGCAAUUGACCCAGAUGUGAUUCCUGAUCCUCAACAACUCUGCAGUGAUCUCGAAGAGUCUCUCAAGCUCAUCAAGAAUACUAUCAUAUCAAAAGCAAUGAGAACAUAGGUUCAAAGAUUUGAGAAAUAAACAUGACAAACCGUUUAUCACAUUGUCAUCUUGCAGCUCUUGGGUACGUAAUAAUUGUGCAACAGCAGAUUUUGGAGAUGUAUUAAUCGGUUUAAUAUAUAAACCCACUUGGUUUCAUGGCGCAUUACUAGUAAA